GCAGGAUUAUGGGUAAAUAGGAAGUAAACAAAUACACGUGUAAGAUGGCGCUUUCAGAGCGGUCCUCGGUUCAGGGGUCAGUUAAAGAGGUUUUAAGGGAGUUCCAGGUGUCGUUUUUCGCUCUGACUCGGCUCCCUUCGUUUCCCUGGACUUUUGUAGAAAAAGACCUUCAGAGCAGCGGGUCAUCAGAGCUCAUUUCUCAGGUGCUGAAACAGACGUGCCUUCAUCCCCUGUGCCGGAAGUUUCCACCUUCAGUCAGAUACAGGAGGCUGUUUCUCUCCCAGCUCAUCAGACGGCUGGAAGCUUCAGGCUGUGAACCCCUGGAUGAGCUGUACGAUGCUCUGGCUGAGGUGGUGGGCGCUGAGGAGACCAUGGAGUGCUACAAGAGCUACCUGCUGCCUGCUGGUGGCGCCGUGAGCUUGAUGGAGAACAUUGCUCUGAUCUCAGAGGGGACCACCGGGCUGGUGACGUGGGAGGCGGCUCUUUACCUGGCAGAGUGGGCUCUGGAGAAUCAGCAGGUCUUUACAGGCAGGACGGUACUGGAGCUGGGCAGUGGUGCGGGGUUGACGGGUAUCGCCGUCUGUCGGUCGUGCAGCCCGAAGCGAUUCAUCUUCAGCGACUGUCACUCCACAGUGCUGCAGAAACUCAGAGACAACGUCCGGCUGAAUGGGCUGAGCGAGCAGACGACCCCAGCGGUCAGCGUGGAGAAGCUGGACUGGACGGCAAUCUCAGAGGAAGAGCUGAGGGAGAUCGGAGCUGAUGUCAUCAUCGCCGCAGACGUGGUGUACGACCCCGACAUCGCAGGAAGUCUGGCGAAGCUGCUGUCCAUUGUCCUGAGGUGUUCGUCUGCCGAGGUUCUCCCUCAGGUCUUCAUCUGCUCCACGAUAAGGAACCUGGAGACGUACGGCGGCUUUAAACAGCAGCUUGAAGCUGAAGGAGUCGGCCAUGAAGUGAUCCCAGCACCCGUCAACCACGUGUUUCCUUAUAACAGACAGUCGGCUAUAGAGCUCAUCAAACUGCGCAGAUGACACGAGGGGAGCAUGAUAAA